UCAGUCUCAAGGCGCCAACACUGAAAUGAGGUGCGUGCACGAUCUUACCGACCUGGGUCUGCUUUGCAUCCGCUGUUCCUGUGCUCUCAUCAGCAUUCCUGGCAGCAAUCUCAUCAGCUUCCUGGCAGAAAUCUCAUCAGCUUCACUUAGCUGCAGCUCUGGUUACAGAGGGAUGCAUUCACACCUGUAUUUCAUCAGAUUCUCAACUCACAGGGCCCCUUAUUCACCAUGCUCCAAAAACAUGGCUGCUCUCUAUCUCUCUGUGUGAAAAACUCCACCUCUUCAUGA